AUGGUGUCUUCUGCGAAGAGAGUGCCUCACAAGGCGAAACCAACCAUUGGCAGAAAGCGCGUGAGAUUCGAAGAACAACGAAACAAGAUCAUUGCCAAGGACCAAGGAACGUCCCUUGAAGAUGCUUGGUACAACCAUAAAGAAUAUCGCAGCUUCCAGAUGGACGCACGAAGAACGGUCCUCGCUUUUGUAAAGACGGGGACGGAUCCCGCCCUUGUGGAUCCUUCUCAGUUCUGUUUGCGCGGGCUUGAAAAACACCAGAUUCCAUCAAAGGCCCGAGCACUGUACAAAUCUCAAAAUCGACACUUUAUCCGGCUGAUUGUUUGUGAGCACGUUCGCUUGCAGAAACAAGGCAGCCAGGACGUAGAUGGGCAACUGCAGGCAAUGUCGUCCAUGUAUACUGUCCCGGCAAAGGCAUACGCUAUGCACUUGGCCACCCACACAUACUAA